AGCAAUAGAUAUAUGAUAUAUAAAUUAGAUAUAGAUAAAGAGUUAUAUAGAUAUGUAUAUAGAUAUAUAAUCCUAAACAGUGGCGGUUCUACAUUGAAUUACUCCCUGGGCUUUACUCCACCCACUUCAACUUCAGUUUCCAACUUUUCAAAAACGAGGAGAGUGAGACCUCUUACCUUAGUCCUCCUCAACUCAGGUUCCCUCCCACCUUUAAUCUAAGUUUAAUUUGUUGAAAAGAAUAUUGCCGUGCAAGUGUGUAAUGUCGAUCUAUGGUAAAACGUAGAAGAGAUUAGCUUUUAUUUCUGACAGGUGAGUGAAACGUGUAUUGUUUCGUGUUUACACUGGACAAGUUUGGCCGGUGGGGGUGUUUUCUGUUCCAGGACGAGGCGGAGCUUGAAUUCCAGAGUGGAAUGAGUUUCCUCCCGAUACGUCACUCUGGGAUAGGCUGCGAGCCGCCGAGCAACACUGUCAGUCAACGGGGUUUCGGGUUGAUUACCAUCGCCUCCUCGGGACGGGACCCCCAAGCAGGAGAAAGUAGCCUUGCCCGUCGUGGGUUUAGGCUCUGGGAUUAAAGUGAUCGCCAGUCCCAUCGCUUUCGUCGAAACUGCCGGUGGGGAUUCAUGCUGUAUUGGUUAGCUAAAUGCGGUACGAAGCUAAAAUGAUGCCGAUGUUCCUGACAGUUUACCUCAGUAACAAUGACCAGCAUUUUACUGAGGUUCCCGUUACCCCGGAGACGCUGUGCCGGGACGUGGUGGAGUUGUGCAAGGAGCCGGGGGAGACAGACUGCCACCUGUCUGAAAUGUGGCGUGGAUCUGAGCAGGCUGUAGGUGACGGGGAGAGGAUGCUGGAUGUGCUCCAACGAUGGGGACAGCACAGGCCAGAGGUGCGCUUCUUUCUGCGUCAUACCCGAGCUCCUAGCAGGGAAUCCGGAGGCUCAAGAGGCUCAGAGCCGAAGAGAAACGGAGUGAAGGGUCCCCCAGACAGAAGAAUGGAGAAUGGGGUGGCAACACCCCGGAUGGACAUGACGCUGGCCGAGCUUCAAGAGAUGGCUGCCAGACAACAGCAGCAGAUAGAAGCUCAACAACAGCUCCUCGCUUCCAAGGAGCAGCGGCUGCGCUACUUGAAGCAGCAGGAGCAGCGGCAGCAGCAGCAGGCCUCUGAGCAGGAGAAGUUGCAGCGUCUCCGAGAGAACAUCGAGAACCAAGAAACUCGGCUCAAGAAGGUCCGGGCCCUCAAGGGCCAGGUGGAGCAGAAACGCCUUAGCAAUGGCAAACUGGUGGAGGAGAUAGAGCAGAUGAACAACUUGUUCCAGCAGAAGCAGAGAGAACUAGUGAUGGCUGCGUCCAAGGUUGAGGAGCUGAGCCGACAGCUAGAGUUGCUGAAAAAUGGCAAAAUGGACAACAUCCAUGACAACCAGAGCUCUGUUGCUGAACUAGACCGCCUCUACAAGGAGCUACAGCUGAGGAACAAGCUCAACCAGGACCAAAACUCUAAGUUGCAGCAGCAGAGAGAGAGCCUGAACAAGCGCAAUCUGGAAGUGGCUGCCAUGGACAAACGGAUCAGUGAGCUCCGAGAUCGGCUGUGGAAGAAGAAGGCAGCACUGCAGCAAAAGGAAAACUUGCCUCCUCAGAUGCCCCAGCAUUCAGAGCUCACCCAUGCCAACAAUGGCUAUCCUGGUAAAGAGAGGGCAUCAAAAGACACUCAUCUUCAGCAGCCCUCUGAUGGCCAAGCCGGACAGCAGUCAGGUCCAUCUCGUGUGGCAGCGGUCGGCCCAUACAUCCAGUCAUCCACUAUGCCCAGGGGCCCUGCAAGACAUGACCUGCUUGUAAAACCAGCCUACCCUGACGGCACUGCCACCUUACCCGCCCACGACCCACAGAGCAAGGCCGGCUCAGGUCUUCAGCCGUCCAAGCAGGCAGACUGGAGCUCUUCAGGUCCAGAAUCCAACACCAACGGUCAUGGUCCAGCUUCAACACUGCCACGAAUGACUUCUCACUCCAACUCUAACACAGAGCAAGAUGAGACUGAACUGAAGAGGGACAGGAAGGUACGUCCAUUUUCUAUGUUUGAGCCAACUGAAGUUCCUGCCACCUCCCUCCGCAAAAACCAGAGCAGUGAUGACCUGGUCAGGGAUGCUCAGUCUGCUCCUAAGGCUCCAGUCAAGGUGCCUCCUCCUGUCCCUACCAAACCAAAAGGCCCUGGUGUUGUGCCCUACGGCAAAGCAGGCCUCAACACAGGCACCUUCCCUAAAGCCAAGCCCCACAGCCAGCAGCCCCAGGCUGCCCAGAGCCGCAGCCCUCUCACACCUUCACAGAGCCAGACACUCCCCCUACCCUCUAAGCAGGACACUCCACCUGCAGCCACAGUACGGCCCUUCACUCCUGAGCUGCCCUCCUCCAAAGAUGCCAGCCUGAGUAAGCCCCAGACCUUAGCGGCCAGCUCCAUAUACUCCAUGUACACACAGCAAUCUGGCUCAAGCAAGCCCUUCCAGCCUGGUUUGCAGGGCACUCUCAACAGGGCCCAGAGCCGCACCAACGGAUUUGUCAGUGUGUACGGUAAACCAGUUAUCCCCAGUGGAGGUUCUCCACAUCCAGAGAACCCUUAUCUGGACCGCCGCUCCCCUGCCCCAGAAUCUGAGGUUGACCACACUGGAGCUAACAGUGGUGGUCCCAGCUCAUCUGAUGCCCCCCAACCUGAAACAGAGCGCAUCCCCCGGCCCCUCAGCCCCACGAAGCUGCUUCCCUUCAUUUCCAACCCUUACAGACAUCAGAGUGAAGGUGACCUGGAAGCUCUGAGAAAGAAGCUGUACAAUGCCCCAAGGCCCCUGAAGAAACGCAGCUCCAUCACUGAACCAGAGGGUCCUGCAGGGCCCAACAUUCAGAAACUCCUCUAUCAGAAGACCACGCUGGCAGCUAUGGAGACCACUGUUACUACACCAACCACUCCCACCUACACUGGUGAAGCAGAAAAGGUAGCAGAGGGAUCUGUGGGGCCACAUGUUCCAAGCCCUCUGAGUGGUGCAGAGAACCACCCAUCAGAGACAGGACAGGCUCUAGAGGGAGGACAGCCCUUAUCUCACAUCCCAGGUGUUAAUGCCUCUAUUCCAGCCCUGGGUGAACAGACCAAACCACCUUCAGCCAUCCCAGUGAGUGAUGACAUUAUCCCCCCUCCUCCCCCAUCCCACCCAGCCCCCAGGCCAGACGAUGCAGUUUUCCCACCACCACCCCCUGCUGGCUUGGAGGACACAAUGCCCAACCUGCCCCCUCCACCUCCAGAAGGCUUCCUGGAAGAGUUCCCCCCCUACCCCCCACCCCCAUACCCCAGUGGGGCAGAGCAGGACAGCUUGGGAGAAGACACCUUUAACAUGAAGGCACCUGAGGUCACAGGCCAGGUCACUCUGCCACCGGGAAAGAGGACCAACUUGCGCAAGCCUGGCUCUGAACGCAUUGAUCACAGCAUGAGAGUAAAGUUCAACCCUCUGGCUCUACUGCUGGACUCUUCUCUGGAGGGGGAGUUUGACCUGGUCCAGAGAAUCAUCUAUGAAGUGGAGGAUCCCAGUCAGCCCAAUGAUGAAGGCAUCACAGCUCUGCACAACGCCGUCUGUGCCGGACACACAGAGAUCGUCAAGUUUCUGGUUCAGUUUGGUGUCAAUGUCAAUGCUGCUGACAGUGACGGCUGGACACCUCUUCACUGUGCUGCAUCCUGCAACAAUGUGCAAGUGUGCAAAUUCCUGGUGGAGUCUGGUGCUGCAGUGUUUGCUAUGACGUACAGUGACAUGCAGACAGCAGCUGAUAAAUGUGAAGAGAUGGAGGAGGGCUAUACUCAGUGCUCUCAGUUCCUCUAUGGUGUGCAAGAGAAGAUGGGCAUCAUGAACAGGGGUGUGGUCUAUGGUCUAUGGGACUACACUGGUGAAAACCCAGAUGAGCUGUCGUUCCGCGAGGGCGACUGCAUGACUGUCAUCCGCAGAGAGGACGAGGACGAGAUUGAAUGGUGGUGGGCACGCAUGGGCGACACUGAGGGUUACAUUCCCCGCAACCUGCUUGGGCUUUACCCCAGAAUAAAGCCGAGACAGAGGACCCUGGCUUAAAACACAAAGAUCCUUGUACAUUCCAGUCUGCGAGAACUUUCCAAAACACACACUCAUACACAAACACACAUACACACAGGCUUUAACAGACUGGAAAAUAGAAGGACACUGCUGAAAUGAAGAGACAAGGACAGACCAAACAAUAUGAAGGAUCAGCUAUGAACUCUUCCUGGCACUUUUCUGUAUCUACAACAGAGGGAUCACCUCACAGAUUUUUUUCCAGGCCACACUGUGUACUUUGUACUCAAGACACUAACGGCAUUGUUUUCCUUUAUUCCAUUGUUUUUGUUGUAUUUGUAAUUAGUGUCUGAACUACUAUUUUUAAAUUGACAGAAACUCAAAUGUUGGGAUGUAAAUGGAACAAACAGUAUUUUUAUCGCUAGAAAGUGAUUUUUACACAUUUGAAGAGUCUUUUAAAACUUGCUUCCUGGGUUAUUUGUUAUUUUCUAACAUACUUGGGACUCUACAUUGCAUGAGUUGAAUGAAUGGAUGGUGACGUUUUUGAAAUGCUGUUACCAUGACAAUCUUUGGGGGCUCAUCUCUCAUCAUCUAUGCUGAGUGACUGCGCCUCCGUAUAACCGCGCUGGAAGUGUAAAGUUUCAGUUGUGCCACCACUGUUCUGGCUAAACAAAUAGAAAAUUAAAUGGUUGGUGGAAAAACAGUGAUGAAGCUUUUGAUUGACCUAUUGCUGUUCAUUCUGAAAUCUGAGUCUACUCUUCUACAUUGGCACAUGGCUGAGAUGCCAUAGACACUGUGUACACAUGUAUUUCUGUCACACAAACUAGUGAUAUUUUGCUGUAGGAAUUAUAUUGUUAUGAAAAUGGACUUUGAAACCCUUAGAAGGCCCUAUGGAGAAGGAGAUGUCAAGCAGUGUGAAUUUUAAUAUUUUAUUACAGCCAUUCCAUGACAGUACAGAAGGCAUACCAGCCUAAUACCAGAAACCUUUUUUGUAGUAAUCACUAAGAGGUGACACAUUAUAUUGUAAAGUCAGAGAAGAAUAUCUAAGUAAAAUCUUCAAAGGAAAAAAAAUCAAAAUAAAAAUGGGACUCAAAUUACUAAACACUCCCAAAACUCAACUCAUCACAUAUCUCUGUCAAUGCAGAUGUAUUUAUUUUUGUUACUUUUUCUUUAGUCCUUUUGUCAGAACUAUAACCCCAAAUGUACUGUAGUAUUUCAAACAUUUACAAUAAAAUACUUUGUACUAAG